AUGGGACUCUGGGAGGUUGAGACCGAGGAGACCGAGGAUGGGACUGUGGUGGAAGAUGGCAGAAUAGAGGACACCCAGACUCCGCCUCCACUGGGCCACGGCGACGCUCUCCCAUUGGCUAGUCGAUUAGGCAGCAGCCUUUCGCCCCGGACGCUCUCUUCAGAGUUCUGGUCCGCUCAAUUGUCGCUCCCGUUCAGCGCAGCGGCGCUCUCUCUCUCUCUCUCCACCGGUGCUCGUCUGGCUGCUGGACUUUCUCUCACUCUACUGCACAGGACCCCUCAAAAUCAGGCAGACUUCAACGGCCUCGCCUUAAAUCCACUACUCGCCUGCUCUGCUCGCCUUUCGCCUCGUCUGGCCUUCCGUUGCCAUCUCCCCAUACCAUCGACGUUAUCGCCUUCGAUACCAUCUUUCAUCUCGACAGUUCUGGACACCCGUGUCAUCACCGUCACCAUGUCCGUCUCCGUCAACCCUCGACGCAGGACUCCGGUGACUCGCCCGGAGUCUCCUGCCGGCACUGGCCUCACUCUUAAGACCAACAGCCUCCGCAAGGGCGCUACCUUCCACUCUCCCACCAGUCCUACCUCUUCUAUGGAUGAUGCCUUGACUGCUGCCCCUCCAAGCCUUCGACGCUCCCAGACCAACCUGGACGACGUUGUCGACGCCCACUGCCGCCGCAUGGCCUUGAUCGUCGACGACAUUGACAAGUCCCUUGCCAACAUCAACCUGGUCUCCCCCAAGACCAAGUCUUUCCGCGACGAUAGUCUUCCCGUUCCCAGAGGCUUCCUCAACCUGCCCGUUGUCGACCCCGCCAUGGCAAAGGAAAAGUCAAAGGAGACGGAACGUCGCAUUCUGCGUCCCAGAACCCGCCGUUCCUCGAGACAUCAUGAAUCAGACAGCGGACUCGGAACCUCUGUCGCCCCCACCACCGAGACAGAGCCUGCAACCACCGCAUCAAAGAAGGCAUCCGCCAUCACAAGGUCCGCUGCCAACACUUCUUCUGCCACCAUGGAGAAGCUUCCCGCCCUUAGCUCCAAGGCUGUCAACCGCAUUCACGAGCACGUCCUCCGCCCACUCCGGGCCAAGCCUGCUCUCAAGGACUUUGAGCCGAUUGUUCUUGACAUCCCCAGACGCAUUAGGGAGAAGGAGAUCAUCUGCCUGAGAGAUCUCGAAAAGACCCUUAUUUUCAUGGCACCCAUUCGCCAGUACGCAGGACAACUUGCUGCCGCCAAGGAGACUGGAUCAGACGCCGCUGAGAUGGACGUCGACCCGUACGAUAUUCGCUCCCAAUUGAUCCCUCACUCGACUAAUUUGUUCCGUAGGACCGACGAGAUCAAGCUCUUCGGAGGCAUCGCUGACAACGGCCGCCCUGCCGAGCUCAUCCGUAUUCGCAAGGAUGGUAAGGCCAUUUCAAUGGCCACCGGCUUGGAGGUCGAUUUGGAUGACCCCAAGAGCCCCAUUCAGAUGAAGCGCUCAUUGAGCCAGCAGUUGGAGGAUGACGAGGAGAUUAUGCGGUCCAUGGCUCGCCGCAAGAAGAACGCCAGCCCUGAGGAGCUUGCCCCCAAGAAGUGCCGUGAGCCUGGCUGCAACAAGGAGUUCAAGCGUCCUUGUGACCUGACCAAGCACGAGAAGACUCACUCUCGUCCUUGGAAGUGCCCCGUCACUUCAUGCAAAUAUCACAACUAUGGCUGGCCGACCGAGAAGGAGAUGGAUCGCCACCACAACGACAAGCACUCGUCGGCCCCGCCCAUGUACGAGUGCUUGUACAAGCCCUGCCCAUACAAGUCUAAGCGGGAGUCCAACUGCAAACAGCACAUGGAGAAAGCCCAUGGCUGGCAAUACGUUCGCACCAAGACCAACGGCAAGAAGCCCUCGAGCGUUGCCGGCAGUGUCGCCCAAUCCACCCCUCUUCUCAACCAAAUGCCCACUCCCUCUACGAGCAGCGCCGCUACCCCGCCUGCUCCUUUGGACCAGGCUCAGCAGUUCAACUUCAACGACCCUCUCCUCGCUCCAAUGCACCCCAUCGGUCCUGUUGGCGACUUUGCUUCCCACAUUGACGGCAUGGAGUUCCCUUCCUACAUCUCGGACGAGGAGUUUGACCAAAUGGUUGGUCAGGGUGGGUUCGAUGGACAGAUGGAUUUGGAGAUGUCCCUGUCUCCUUCCGACCACAACACCCCUGCCACCGAAAUCUCGACUGGGCCAUACAUUUACCAGGACGGCCCCGACUUCACGGUGAACGAGGAUAUCUACGGCGCACACGCCCAGAUCCCCACCCCAGACAGAGCCGUCUUCGCUCAGAAGGAGCUGGACAUGGCUUUCCCUAUCUACCAGCCUGUUCCUGCUUGCCAGCCUCAGAUUGUUCCUGCCCAAACUGCACCACACAUCUCUCCUAUUGGUCAGGGCAACGCAAUGCUCUUUACGCUCAACUCAUUGGCCGAGGUUGACGAGGGUUUUGAGGACAACUACACCGGUGGUGGAAAUGAAUUCUGCGGCAACGACUUCCAGCUGUUCCCUGCCAACAACGUGACCAAGAUGUACGAGCCACUCUUCGGCGAAGUGCCAAGUGCUGGCUUGGGUUACUCGCAAGCGUCACAGGAUCCUUUCCAAUCCAUCGACUGGAACUUGGAUUACCAAAAUUUUCAAAGCCAGUAA